AUGACGAGGCGUCGCGAUGACGACACCACCACCUACGACCCAUACACCGGCCUGUUGCCCGUCCUCCCUCCGGAUGCGCAGCUCCCGGACAAGAACCCGCGCAGCAACGCCGCGACCGCGGCAUCGGCAGCCGGCGUCCGCGCCCUGAGCGCCCAGGUCGUCGCCUUCUACUUCCGUGCCCCGGUCAAGGCCUUCUUCCGCACCCGCGUUGACUACCUCGCCUACGCCCGCAGUGUGCACCAGGCGCAGACUGAGCUCCUUGCGCAGGCUGCUGCAAAAGAAGGCGGUUCAAGGCUUCAUCUGGGACUGCGGCAGGCAUGGUUCUACCUGAGGGGUACGACGCCCGGUGUCCUCACCUCCGCUGUUAAGCAACAUGGCUGGGGCGUUCUCCCGCAUCAGGUACUGCCGCCGCUCAUCGCGAACGUCGGCGUCGGAGCGGUGCUGUAUACCAGCUACCUCACGAUCCUGGGAGCCCUUCAUGAGCCGAGCAGCAAGUCAAGAAAGACGGUCUACCCACCGCCGCAGCCUUACCAAACUUUCACGGCGGGACUGCUCGCUGGAGGCCUGCAGAGCUUUGUCGCUGCACCCUUGGAUGCCAUCCAAGCGAGGUACGACCAUCGGGAUCUCAUGACCGGCCAGGGAGGGAAGCCAAAGAGCAUGUGGACCUUUAGCGCCGAAAAGCUGAGGGAGAUCGGGCCGCGGGGUAUCUUUGCAGGCUGGGGCCUGUCUCUCACCAAGGACAGUCUGGGAAGUGCCAUUUUCUUCAGCGUAUUCGAAUACGUAAAGGCACAGGGCUACUACAAGUUUGUUUCCUGGUAUUACGGCGGGUUGGAAGAGCACAUUGUCGACUUUAUGGCCCAGAAGCGACCAACGACCAAGGAUGCCCUUGGGGAGAAUAACCAACCACUCAUCAUCCGCCCUCACUACGCCAUCGAGCCAGCGUUUUUACUACUCGCCGGAAUCACCGCCUCAAUCACCCAACAAGUCGUCCUUCACCCGUUAACACACGUGCAAGUAGAGCAUUGGGACCGGUUAGAAGAACUAGACGCCAAAGCCGCCAAACUCCGCGAACUCAAGGGCGCAGACCCGAACCAUCAAAAGCAAGGCUGGAGGAUGUUCAGGGCCUACUAUCGCGCGUAUCAAGAGACGUGGUCGGAAUGCUGCCUGGAGGCGCAAAAGGAAGGGCUGAGCAUGCAGCGAUGGCUGUGGCGCGGUUUCUGGUGGAACACGAUUCGCCAGGUGCCGAGCACCAGCGCAGGAUUGAUCAUUUUCGAGUUGGUACGGCGCAAGUACGGGCUGGGCAACGAGGAGGUUCGGAUCAUGGGCGACGGGUACGAUAUCCUACUAAACUAG